AUGGACAAGAGUUGGAUAACAAAGGACAGACUUUCAAAAGAGUAUGAAGAGGGAGUUGACAACUUUAUUAUGUUUGCCUUAGAAAAUACAAUGGAUCCUUCAAGAGUUCAUUGUCCAUGUAGAAAAUGUUCAAAUUUGAAAAAAUUAGACAUAAUGGAGAUAAAGAGUCAUCUAUACUUUAACGGAAUAGACCAAACAUAUGUCAAGUGGAUUUGGCAUGGAGAAGAAGAUGACUAUAACAAUAAGGUUCCCAAUGAAAGAAAGAAAUUUGAUCAAGUAUUUGAUGACCCUAUAGAGAUGGUGAGAGAUGCAGAUGAACGUUUUGUUGAUAAGUCUGAAGAAUAUUUGAAAUUCUUAGAAGAUGCAGAGAAACCAAUAUUCUCCGGGGCACCUUUGUCAAAAUUAGUUGUUUUAGUAAAACUAUACAACUUGAAAGCUGGUAGUAGUUGGAGUGACACAAGUUUCACAAAGUUAUUAACUUUAUUAAAAGAAAUUUUACCAAAAGACAAUGAGUUGCCUUCCUCGAUUUAUGAAGCGAAAAAAACAUUGUGCACAUUAGGAAUGGAGUAUAGCAAGAUUCACGCUUGUCCAAAUGAUUGUGUUCUAUAUCGAAAUCAAUAUGAGAGUGCAACUGAGUGCCCCGUAUGUAAAACAUCUAGAUGGAAAAAAAAUAAGAACAACAAAGAAUGUAAGAAAGGGAUUCCAGCAAAAGUAUUGUGGUAUUUGCCACCAAUACCUAGGUUUAUACGUUUGUUUCGAAAUCCUGAACAUGUCGAAAGUCUGCGAUGGCAUGAGGAUGGAAGGAUCAAAGAUGACAAAUUGCGCCACCCAGCUGAUUCCCCAGCUUGGAAAGAAGUGGAUGAACUAUGGCCUCAAAUAAGAAAGGAUCCUAGAAAUCUUUGA